AUUAGAAUCAUGCACUCUCUCAGUGGACUCAAAAUUGGGAAGUCACUUGUAAAUAAGUUUACGAAUGUUCGAGCGACGAUUAAUCUCAAUCAAUGCCAGUUCUGGCAUGCGAUCUGUAUUAAACCUGACUCACAUGAGAAUUAGUUCUGGCAGGCGAUCUCAAUGCAAGGAACAACCUAUCUUUCUAUGCAUGUGAAUCAGCCAACCUAUUGUGAUCGACGAGUCAGGCGACCAACACAAUGUUCGUGGUUUCUCCUUAUGGAGAGGACAUCUCCUUCACAUAAUCUGAUGGCAACCGUGACAAGCGACAAGAUACUGAUAUUCGGAGCGAGUGGAUAUCUCGGGAAAUUCAUGGUCAAUGCCUGCGUUUCCAUGGGCCAUCCCACUUAUGCGUAUGUUCGCCCCUUAAGCAACGCUGGCAGCGACCCUUCCAAGCGGCUUCUUCUCGAGCAGUUCGAGUCCUUGAAUGUCACCGUGAUUCAAGGUGGACUGGAUGAGCAUGAGAAGCUUGUCUCAGUAAUCCGGCAGGUUGAUGUCGUGAUCUCCACGCUUCCCGUUCCUCAGCACCUUGAGCAGAUGAAAAUCAUCAGAGCCAUGCACGAGGCCGGCAACAUAAAGAGGUUCGUCCCGUCCGAGUUUGGGAACGAGGUUGACAGGGUGAGCGGGCUACCACCAUUCGAAGCUUUGCUUGAGAACAAGCGGAAGAUAAGAAGGGCGACCGAAGCUGCAGGGAUUCCAUACACUUACGUCUCUGCAAACUCAUUCUCCGCGUAUUUCAUCGACUACUUUCUGCAUCCUCGUGAAAUGCGUGAUGAAGUAACCGUCUAUGGAAGUGGCGAAGCAAAAGCUGUCUUGAACUUUGAAGAAGACAUUGCCGCAUACACUGUGAAGGCAGCAACGGAUCCGAGAGCAGCCAAUCGCGUGAUCAUCUACCGACCUAUUGGAAACAUUGCAUCACAGUUAGACCUGAUCACCUGGUGGGAGGAAAGGACUGAACGUACGCUGAAGCGGAUCCACAUCCCAGAAGAGGAAAUAGUGAAGCUUACAGAAACUUUACCAUUUCCAGAAAACAUACCAGUCGCGAUCCUCCAUAAUAUAUUCAUCAAAGGGGACCAGAUGAGCUUUGAGCUCACAGAGGAUGAUCUUGAGGCUUCCCGAUUAUACCCUGAUCACAAGUACACUUCGGUCACCGACCUGCUCAAUCAAUGCCUGUUCGAUCUAUUACAGACUGUACAAUUGUAUAUUAGGACACCAUUGUAUAUUAGGAACCCGUAUAUUCGGUAUUUGACAUUUUCGGUAGUCUUGGAUAUUAGGCUCAUGUCAGGAUAUUAGUUACCUCUUUUGUAACAUUACACAGCCUAUAUACUGUGUCAAUUGAUUCAAUGAAAGUUAAGUUGAAUUCUUCAAUA